AUGAACGUGGACGUGACCUGGUUCUACAUGAACUGCCUGGCAGACACGUGCGCGUGCAGCCGUGGAGGUGACUGUGAGUGCUUCUGCACCAGUGUGGCGGCGUACGCCCAACGCUGCUGCCACCAGGGUGUUCCUGUCGACUGGCGCUCCCCCUCUCUAUGCCCAUAUGAUUGUGAAUUCUACAAUAAAGCGCUGGGUAAAGGCCCCUUCAGGCUCAUCACCUUCAGGGAUCGGACGGCGUUGGUGGCAGCUGGCAGAUCCAGUGGCUCUGUGUUCCUGCAGCGGGACGACCUCACCACCAGCACCGCUGCCACCGCCGGCAUCCUGACAGAGUUCAUGAUGACGCCGGGCCUCAGCAGAGGCCGACCACAUGACACAUCACGUGUUUCCUUUGAGGCUGCUGAUAGACCAAACUACUUCCUGUACGUGAGCCCUAGCGGCCAGGUGAGGCUGGCCAAAUGGGAGCAGAGCAAGGCAUUCUGGGACCGAGCCACCUUUGUCCUCCGCAGGAACACCUGGAUCCCUGGCUACGACUCGCUGGAGUCCCACGCAAAGCCUAGCUUCUUCCUGCACGCCACACCGCCUCGCCUCCACCUUCUUAAAUACAGACACACUGACAGCUUUCGCAAGGCUACGCUGUUCAGACUGACAGGCCACAGCCCAGAAGCUGUGCCGGGUCCUCGGUGCCAGUGGAGGUACGAUGCCUGCAUCAGCCCCUGCUUCAAGACCUGCAGCGACCCGUCGGCCGAAGCCUGUGUCACCAUCCCACAGGUGGAGGGCUGCCUUCCUGUCUGCCCCCUACACAUGGUCCUGGAUGAAGUCACCCUCCACUGUGUCUAUGUUGAAGACUGUAUUAAGGCCCCAGUUUCUGUGCAGCCUGUAACACCGUCCACUAUUCAGCUGACAUCUACAGCUGCCACUUCUGCAUCUACCACCCACCUCAAGACCACAAUCACAACUAAACCGCCCUCGCCUCCAGAUUCUGGUAUUACCACUAACAUCACCGCCACUAUUCAUGCUGUGAUCACACAGACCAGCUCCUCUGAGGCACCCCCCGGCUCUGACGAGCCAACCAGACCAGUUACCAUGUCUCCUUCUGCAGCUCCUAAACUUUCCACAACUGCAGGACUCCCACCUUCUCCAACACCGCCCCCUGCUGUCCAGCCAGAGGUGGUGGAGCCAGUGACAGUGACUGAAAUCCCGCCUACCACGGUAACAGGUACAGCAGUGCAGACGACCGUGACUCUGAGCUCUGCUGUCAGCCCCGUCAGCCCCAGCACGUCUAGCACCACCAGUGGUCCUUCUGCCAUCACGACUCUGCUCUGGACCACCUCCUCCUCCGAGCUCACAGCCACCCUGAAGCCAACUUCAACCCCAGCACAGACCACCAGAUCUGUCGAGGACUCAGCUGCCAUCAGUACCCCUCCUCCUCCGAUUGUAGCAGCUUCCAGUCCUACUCUGGUCUCAGAGUCGUCUGUAGUUACAGACAGGACUACUAUUCCCAGUACAGCUGCACACAUAGACACCAGCACAAAGGCCGUAACAGUGGAGAGACUUCCCCCAACAACAGCUACACCCAGCCCUCCUGGUUUAAUGAGCACGGCACUCACAACCUCUCCACCUUUCCCCACCCUGCCUAUUGAAACAGAAACAGCGGCUUUGCCCACACUCACUUCAGAAAAGACCACAGAGUCCGUGACACCAGUUGCACCUUUCACCACCACUAAAACACCAUACAUAAGCACAGAGACAACAUCUCCACCAGUUACCACAGAGAAGAUUCACUAUGCCACUCCUUAUGAACUGACAGCCUUCACUACGAUCGUUCCUGAGUUACCAACAUCAACCCCAGACCAUGUUGAACCAACUACAGCUCGACCAUCUGUUGCUGCCUCAGCUGCUACGGACUGGAGAACACCAACAAAGACCGUGACCGCACAUGAAUCUGUGUCUAAAAUACUUGUUGCUACCACAACAACAGCUGUACCUCAGAAGAUUACAGACACCACAACUUCUCCUGUGCCCACCUCCACAGCCUAUACUGAGAGAACCUCCUGGUCUGCUUCCGUCCCAAUAACAGAGAAAACAACUCUGAGUUCUCCAGACGUUCCAGAAGUGUCCACAGGUCCUACUGUCACAGCAAAACUGACUGUACUGCCAGAGUUUCCUACACAAACCAUGGCUGUACCACUGUCACCAACUACCAAGACUUCCACCCAUCCUGCCUCUACCAUGCAGACCUCCGAGCCUUGGCAUCCUCCCCAUCGAGAGACCUCCACCACCCCUGUCUCCAGCCCUGCAGGGAAGCCUGCACCAGAGGUCACUUCUGAAACUGUCGUCCAUGUGGUCACAUCCAUUGAAACUACAGAAGUUCCUCGUCUUCCAGUAAGAACAACAAAGCUUGUUGUCACCUCUGUGACAUCAGCUGCUACAGCCACCACUGCCCAAACUACAAGGCUUCCUGAAAUCUCGCCUGCAGAAAAUGGAGCCACCACUCCAAGGAAGCUGGACACACUGCCACCCACACCUGGUGCUCCUGAGACACCUCUCACCAUGGCCCAUACAACAGCUCCACCAGGUGUUACCACAACGCUCAGACCUGUCAUCAUGCAGCUGAUUACACAGACAACACAUCCGGCAACAGGCAGAGUGGUGGUGUCAACAAGAGCUACGUCCAAAAACGCUCUAUCUACUCUGCACACAACCACUUCUCCAGCUCCUAGACCAACAACUUUCCCAGACAAGGCCACCACUAGGCUGGUAUCCACUGCAAGAGCUACACCUGCAACAACUAGUACAACCAUCACACGAACCACGACCCUCAGGGUGACACCCAGGAUUCCUGUGACGACAAGAGUUACCCCGAGGAUCACAACUGAGAGGUCAACCCUCAGACCAGUCACUGCAAGGGUUACCGUAGCAACAAGGCCUCCAGCUAUGACCACCAGAUCAACCACUCUCGGCCCUCCAACUCUCACAUCAAGCCCUGGCACAGCAACCAUGUCAGUGCCAUCUACAACCAUCGCAACAUCUGCCCAGUGGGUCACUACAGCGAGCACGGCCAAACGUGCCGACACAGCAGUUCCCAGCCUAACCACCGUGACCACACCAGUUCCAGUUCCUACUCUAACAACAGUCACAGCAUCCACUGCUGCACCCACAACAACCACCGGAGAGUUAGCCACAUCUGAAAAACCUCUGACAUCCAAAGAGAAUGAUGUGUUACCAUCUACGUCCCAACCAGUGACACGUCCACCUGAUAUGGUGGUGUCCACCCAAGAGCUCAGUCUUCCCACUCCCACUACGUCUUCGCUCCCUGGAACCACUGUGGUCCAAACUACUGCAGCAGACAGAGUGGGUCGCACCAGUCCAGGUAUGACACCUUCUGCACCAGAGUAUCCCUUCACACCAGUGGGAACGACCAGUCACCCUGCAGAGGGGGCAUCGUCCAUGGCUGUACCGCCUGCAAGGAUGUGCACGCCUCCGUAUGCAGAGAUUGUCGAUGAAUGCACAAAGUACAUUUGUGUCAACAACCAGCUCGUCCUCUUCAACAAAUCACAGAGCUGCCCCUUCGCCUCUGUGCCUCCGCACUGUGGCCUGCUUGGCUUCGCCAUCCUGCUCAGUGGAGACAAGUGCUGCCCUCAGUGGGACUGCCCAUGUCGCUGCUCAGUGUUUCCAGACUUGAAUGUAAUCACGUUUGAUGGGAACAGCGUUGCCAUCUACAAGGCUGCCUCAUACAUAGUGACCAAACUACCCAAUGAGACCAUCAGUGUCCUAGUCCAGGAGUGUCCUGCCGACUCGGAGUCACCUCUCCUCUGGAAUUUCACCAACCUGUGUCUGGUGUUGCUCAACAUUACACACAAUUCCAACCACAUCGUCAUCAACAGGCUGCAGAGGAAGCUCUACAUCAAUUCGCGGUAUGCCAGACCUCGGUUCAGGAGGUAUGGCUUUGAAGUUUACGAUACAGGCAACAUGUACCUGGUUCGUAGCCCGGCUGGUCUGAAGCUGCAGUGGUACCACAGCACUGGCAUGAUGGUGAUCGACACCGACAGCUCUGGCAACAAGCCUCCCACUAUGGGCCUCUGUGGCUUCUGCGAUGGAGACCAAGCCAAUGACCUGACUCUGGCCAACGGCACCACACUGGGUGUAAGUGAGGAUCCAGCUCUGUUCAUUGACAGCUGGCAGGUUCCCAACACCACCGGCUACGUCAGCCACAACCGCCUCAACUGCUCCACCAGUGACUGCUCAAGCUGCCUGCUCAUGCUGCAGAACCAAGUCUUCUCCCCCUGCCACGAUUUCGUCCCACCCCGCACAUUCUGUGAAGUGUGGGUACAAGAUGCGGAGUACGUCAAUAACCAGUGUGUGGCCCUGGCUGCCUACGUGGCUUCAUGCCACAAAUUCAAUAUCUGCAUUGAGUGGAGGAGUCCAGCUUACUGCCCCUUCGUGUGUCCCGGCAGUCUGCGGUAUCAGGCCUGUCUGCCGGCCUGCACGUCUCAGUCCUGCCCCAACCAGGACUUUGACUCAGAUCCAGACCAGUGUUCAAGCCUGACUGAGGGCUGUGUGUGUCCUGAGGGAACACUCCUCCACCGGUUGUACUCGUCCCUCUGUAUCUCCCCUGAGAAGUGUGCCUGCACUGACAGCUCCGGUGUUCCUCGUGCACAUGGUGAAGUGUGGAAAGCCUCGAGGGACGCCUGCUGCAUGUACCGCUGCAACAACGACACCAUCGCCCCCGUGGAGUACAACUGCUCCAACAUGCCAGUGCCUGUGUGCCGUCGAGCGGCGGAAGUGAUGAUCAGCCUGGUCGACGACGCUAGCUGCUGCCCACAGAAAGUCUGCGUGUGUAACCAGAGCCUGUGUGACCUGCUCCCUCCUGAAUGUAAAUAUGGGGAGAAGCCGGUGUCGUACUACAGACACGACUCCUGCUGUCCACACUACGUGUGUGAGUGUGAUCCCGAGUUCUGUGAGUCAGACGUUCCCACCUGCAGAGAGGACCAGACUCUGAUCGCCACCAGAGCCGAUGGCAGCUGCUGCCUGGCCCACAUCUGCACGUGCUCUUCCUGUCCGGAGACGCCGCCUCUGUGCCAGGAUGGCGAGGUGCUGACAGUCGACAGCAACACCACCGACCGCUGCUGUCCCGCCUACCACUGUGUGUGUGAGCCCUACAGGUGUCCUCGGGUCAGCUGUCCUGUUGGGAUGUCGGUGGUGUCGGUGUCCAGUCCUGGUCAUUGCUGUCCCAACCAAACCUGUGAGUGUUCCUGUGAGAAGAUUGCUUCCCCAAAAUGUGGCCUGGGAGAGGCUGCGCAGCUGGACCGGGCCUUCCUGUCUGACCCACAGAACCAGUGUGCCUGCAAAAGAUACAAGUGUGUGCGUGAGGCGGUGUGUGUGUUUGGCGAGCAGGGGGUGCUGCGGCCGGGUCAGACCCUGGUGGAGCAUGGAGAUGAUGGCUUCCUCGACCCUGCGAGCGGCUUCCACCUGUUCCGCACCAUUAGCAUCAACUGCUCCGCCCACUGCCAGCCAAACCAGGUUUACGUCCCUCCCAAGGACCAGUCGACCUGUUGCGGUGUUUGUAAGAAUAUUUCCUGCCUUUAUGAACAUGAGAAUGGGACAACAGCUCUGUAUAAGCCAGGGAGGUCCUGGGUGUCAGACUGCAUGAAGUUUGACUGCACAGACACUCUGUCCGGACCCACACUCGUCUCCUACUCCUUCAGCUGCCCCCCCUUCAACGAGACAGAGUGUAUAAAGAUUGGAGGAACUGUCGUAACUUACAUGGACGGAUGCUGCAAAACCUGCAAAGAAGAUGGAAAGUCGUGUCAGAAGGUGACAGUGAGGAUGACCAUCAGGAAGAGCGACUGCCGCAGCAACAGGCCGGUACGUGUUUUCUAG